UGUGUGUGUGUGUGUGUGUGUGUGUGUGUGUGUGUAUGUGUGUGUGUCGUCUGCUGCCACUUGCACUGCACUCUCCACAACAGGAUUCUCUCUGCAUCUCUCUCAUGGCAGGUUGGUCUGCUGAUGCCUUCAGGUUCAUAUGGACGGACCAUGAGCACAAACUGCAGGCAACUAAACUUCUAAAGUCCUGCUGUAACUCCAUAUCUAUGUUCACCUCCAAACAGCCUGCACCCAUCAGAGUGAAUGGAGCCAGACCCGGAACACAGGAGGAAAGUGAUCUCCUGGAAUAGUUCACCUUCCUCGCUCUAGAUGCUACUAAGCCCUCUAUGGAUUCAGCAGCUACCUGUUAGCUUGCUGACAAAUGUUUGCUGAAAUAGUUCACUUGAAAGAAUAUUGAAGACAAAAAGCCACCUGGGCGGAGGACUGUGAGCACCCUGUGUCUGUGGUCAGGGCUGCAGUCAUGGGGAAAGAACAGGACCUGCUGGUGGCCGUGAAGACUGGAGAUCUUCUGCUGGCACACAAACUUCUCUCCAAAGUCAAGUGCAGCAAAACCAAGUUGCUGGGCUCCACCAAAAGACUCAACAUUAACUACCAAGACUCAGACGGCUUCUCGGCGCUACACCAUGCAGCUCUGACAGGCCCCACAGAGCUGCUGUCUCUGCUGCUGGAGGCCCAGGCCACGGUGGAUAUCAAGGACAUCAACGGCAUGCGUCCCCUGCACUACGCCGCGUGGCAGGGGAAAGCUGACUCUGUCCUGUUGUUGCUGAGAGCCGGAGCUUCAAUCAACUCCCCCUCCCAUGAUGGACAGAUGCCGUUACACCUCUCUGCUCAGUAUGGACACUAUGAAGUGUCUGAGAUGCUGCUGCAGCACCAGUCCAACCCCUGCCUGCUGAACAAGGCCAAGAAGUCUCCGCUGGAUCUGGCCUGCGAGUUUGGGAGACUGAAGGUGGCUCAGUUGCUGUUGAGCAGUAACAUGGUUGCAGCGCUGUUAGAAGGGGGGGCAGGGCAGGAGAGUCUGGACUCUCCCAACACCACCCCCCUCCACCUAGCAGCCAGGAAUGGACACAAAGACAUCAUCAGGUUGCUGCUCAGAGCAGGGAUUGACAUCAACAGAGCCACCAAAGCCGGGACGUCUCUGCACGAAUCCGCACUCUACGGCAAGACAGAGGUAGUACGGCUGCUGCUGGAUGCUGGCAUCAAUGUGAACAUGCGCAACACAUACAACCAGACAGCUUUGGAUAUUGUCAACCAGUUCACCACCUCUUCUGCCAGCAGCGAGAUCAAACAGCUGCUCAGAGAGGCAUCGAGCUCUCUGCAGGUCCGAGCCGUGAAGGACUACUGGGACCUCCACGACCCCACAGCUCUGAACCUGCGUGCUGGAGAUCUGAUUAUGGUGGUGGAGCAGCACUCAGACGGACGCUGGAAAGGUCACGUCCACGACACCCAGCAGGGUGCAAACCGGGUUGGCUUCUUCCCCCCCUCAGUGGUGGAAGUGCUCAGCAGACGAGCAGGUGUUACUCUCUCCCGCCUAGCCUCAACGCCCGGCCAGCGACAACACUCUGCAUCCAAAGCACCCCCCUCCAACCAUGGCCCCGGUCAUCAAACUGAUGACUCGUACUCCCUUGGAUAUGAUCCUUCAGGGGACAGGAUCAGUGUUGGCAGUGUGGGCAGCAGCCGCAGCGCUGGCAGCGGUCAGAGCUCAGAGAGCGGUCACAAACAGAACGGGGUUCAAACCAGGAACAAUGGCAACAGUGGAAAGCUGACCCCCUCUGCUGGUGAGUCAGGAGAGCACCCCCACCCCGCAGCAGUGCAACACAUCAAGCAGGCAGACAGAUCUUCAGGAAGCUCCAGACGGCAGGUCAACGGCGGGACUCCUCAGAGAGGCUUUGUGAGGCCAGCAGAGCUUCUGGAGGGCAAGGACUCUGAGGCCAUCUACCAGUGGCUGUGUGAGUUCCAGUUGGAGCAGUACACAUCCAACUUCAUCAUCGCAGGGUAUGACGUCCCCACCAUCUGCAGGAUGACCCCUGAGGACCUGACAGCCAUCGGAGUGACCAAACCAGGCCAUAGGAAGAAGAUCUCCCUGGAAAUCAGCCAGCUGAGCAUCCCGGAGUGGCUGCCUGACUACACUCCUUCGGAGCUGGGGGAGUGGCUGAGUGUGAUCGGACUGCCUCAGUACCAGAGGAGGCUCUGUGACAACGGCUAUGACUCCAUCUCUAUCGUCAAAGACAUCACGUGGGAGGACCUGCAGGAGAUAGGCAUCCUCAAACUGGGCCACCAGAAGAAGCUGAUGUUAGCGGUGAAGAGACUCUGUGACCUGCAGCGCUCUCGUAACCUUGCUGACAGAGCUGGAGGCGGAACCCUCGGGCGGAAAACCCCCGCAGCCCUGGAGCUGGUGGCCAUUGAACACACACCAAUACACACUGUGCACACUCACGCUCCUUCUGAUGACUGCUGCCCCUCCCCUUGUUCCCCCAGGACCCUGCUGUCCUUCCAGGACAGCGAGCUGAGCGCUCAGCUGCAGAGCGCCAUAAUGGGCAGGGUGGUGGGGGGGUCUGCGGAUGCAUUCAGCUUCAGGGCCGGGGGCUCUGCAGCAGCCAUGUGCGUCAGUCAGGAGAGCAUCAGCACGCGGUCCCGGGGGUCCGGGAACUCUGGGAACCCAAACUCAGGAUGCUUUCAAGACCCCCGAAAUGCAGGUAUCUCCAGCAGCUCAGAGGAGUGUUUGGGGAGCGUUGGGGUGCAGGAGAAGCGUGUGAGGAGCAGUCCUGGAGUCAGUAGCAGACACAGACCCCCCGCGCAGACGGCCUUCAGUUACCUCCCUGUCCAGGCAGGUGGGGUCAGUGGGGCCCCCUGGGUGCUCUCCAAGUCUCUGCCUGGAGCUGUCCCUCUGCUGUCCCCACGGAGCGCCUGGGACCUGGCUCACGAAGGCCAGAGGGGCCCCCACAAGAAGCGCGCCCAGAGCCUGACCCGCUAUGCUCUGCCUGAUGGAGAGCCGGGCGAAGAAGACAACUCGGCCCCCCGCCACUCCUCGCCCCCCCCUGCAACCAUGCCCUCCUACGCCACACUGUCCCGCAGGCCGGGGCGCGGGCACACAAGUGCCACAGGGGCCCAGCGCCACAUCAACCGCAGCCACUCAUUCGCUGUGCGCUCCAGACGCAAAGGCCCGCCCCCAGCCCCCCCUAUGAGGAUGAGCUCCAUCAGCGGGGGCCCGGCAUGCCGUACCGAUGAUGGGGAAUCAGCGGAGUCAGAAAUUAAGGACGGGUGGGGGACUGCAAGCGUGAAGAGCAUUGCAGCUCGACUGGACGAGGGGUGCAGCAGUCCGUCCAGGAGGAUAGACAUGCCCCCCCCUCAGACCCCUCUGUCACCUAUCUUCCUCCCUGUGUCCUCCCCCAUUCCUCACUUCCUGCUCCAGCACAAAGCGGCCCCCGCUCUUGGCCUGGGGGGCCUGAGGAAGACCGACGUAGUACCUGACAGACAGAGAGGGGAUGGCCCAAAGGAGACGCCUGGAGAGAGAGCCAGGAAGAGUGAGACAGUGUCUCAGAGCGCUGCAUCUCCAAUCCACGGGGGGGGGGGCCUCCCAUUUGCUGAAGAAGGAAACCUCCCUAUCAAGCAGCAGACCCGGGGAGCUGUGGCCCCCCCCGCUAAAGCUAUAGUCAAAACUCUGACCCCCCACUGCCUGGAGCACCCAGAGUUCAACCUGAAAGAGUCCGACACGGUGAAGAGACGGCAGCGACCCAGAGACAAAGACUCGCUGACCCCCGAGCAGACGUCCCCCCCUAACAGAGCCUACAGUGAUGUCAGUGCGCUGAGCGUGGAUCCACCCCAGGGGCCGGGGUGGGUGUUCCAGAGAGUGGGCUCCAUUGGGAAAGGCCCCAAACCUCCAGUUUCCUCUAAACCUUCCAGUCACCUCAAGCCCCCCCCAAACAGCAGACCAGCACCCCUCCCGAAAACAUUAUCCUCAGGACGAGCUGGUAUACCCACAGCCAUUCCUAAACUCACAAGCGUUCAGGUCCACACCGUCUCCCCGAGGCUACACACACACACAUCUGCACACUGCCCCAAACCUGGGAGUCCAAAAACAGCUGCAGCGAGGACCCUGCUGCCCGCGACGGGCCCCCCUGUGGGCCCCCCCGCACCUGCAGGACUGAACUUCACCAGGGCCCAGAGCGCUGCGUCGAUCCCCCCGUCAGCCCCAACGGGGGGGGCAGGGUCCGGCCUGGCAGGUCCGGAGGUUAUGGCUCAGCAGAGGCUGGAGCAGACCAGCACGUCCCUGGAGGAAGCUCUCAAGGUGGUGGAGGACAAACUGGCGCAAGGGGGCGAUAUGGAAAGCGGCUCAGUGAAGGCAGCAGGAAAUAUUCUGGACGACAUCAGCAACAUGUUCGAUGACCUGGCUGACCAACUGGACGCCAUGUUGGAGUGACCCCCAUUUCAGAGGAUAUCCUGCACAACUCCUCCUCAUUACUGCGGAAGUACUUCCCCCAAGGACUCAGCCGGGACAAUGCAACACUGAGGAUCAGCAGGUUGUCACUGAAGGGGGUCCAUUGAGCUCACCUGUAAAUGUUUCACUGUCAGAUAUGGAUACUUCUAUUUCCUUGCUUUAAUCGUUCUCAUAUAUAGCUUAACUGUGCUGUGAAUAUGUUUUGCUUUAUAACGUAAGGGAAAUAUAGUUUUAUUGUAUUUAUAGCAGCGUAUUCCUGACAUGAUUUGACAGGUGUUCAAAUGGUGUGUAUCAUCGGGUGUGUGUGUGUAGACAGUUUUGCUCUCACACAAUGGAGAUGCUUUUAUUUCAGAGGCAGUGACGUAAGUGACUGAACUACUGUUCAGUUAUUCUGGAUUAGUAUCCAGAAUAAUUCAAGACUUCUAUGUUCAAAUAUAAUCAAAUAACAAAUUGAUAUAGUUUAGUAAAUGUAAUAUUUAAAUAUCAUUUUAACUCUGCACUAUAAAAUGAAAGUCUAAAGCAAUAGCAAUUUAGUUUUCUGCUUUGAUAUUCAUGUUUUUUAUUAAAAGACGUGUAAACAGAGCGUCCCCUGACACCGGGGAGCAGCUUUAUGCCUCUAUGAAGUUCUUGUAGUACAAACACUACCAGCCAUUCCUUGACAAACCACAAAGCAGACUUGGCGUUCCAUUUAUCCCUGCCCAUCAAUAUAAUGAGCAGCAGAACAACAAUCACACUGAGGCUGUUCACUUCUCUCAGUCAAAUAAAAGGUUUAUUCAUGUAUGUACAAUCAUUUAUCAAGAGCCACAUGAAAAAUAAGAUGUGACUUCCUCGAAUCAUACAGGAUUUCCAACGCAGUGCCUCACACGUCAUGUUGGCAGUAAGGAGUUAUCAUACGAGGGAGAUGGAUAUAUUCUUUCAUUCUAGUUGCUGAUUGCAUUCAUCAAAAUCUGACAUUUAAAAUGUAAUAAUCUUUCACAUAUGCCCCAAUAAUCCUUUUGUAGUCCUUUUCAAGUGCAAACUACAUUAUUUUUGUCUUCAAAACAUUCUUCUUAAAGUAUUAUCAUUCAUUCCUGUGUGUGACUUCAACCGUUAUUAAAAAGAAAGUGGAAACACUAAAUUAAAACAAAUAAAAUCAUCAAAUAAUACUGUUUUCAUGAGUUUCAAAGUCCACAGGAAUCUGGUGUCUCAACAUUGAAAACAAAAUCCAGAUGGCAGACAGGAGUGGAGGGAGGGAGGGAGCGGGGGAGUAUAGGGGGGUUGGAGG